AGAAUGAACACUAUAUGGAAGUACAAAUAGUGCCCUGUGUGUGAGCAAACACCUGACUGCAAGGAAAUGUGAACAAACGCAACUGCAGCAUUGGAUGUAAAUGACCCUCUAGUCUGUUUAAAAAUGUUUGUGCAAUCAGUUAAAGCUACAGGAACAGGGAAAGUGUGUAUUAUUUUGAUGAAAAAUCUUCAAGAAGUAAUUGGUGAGCAAAAACUUACCAAUAUGUGGGAAAUAUUAUGCCACCGUUUUUUGCUUUCUCUUUUUUUUUUUUUGCUUUUUCCCUGACUCUAAUGGUAUCUAGUUUUAAAAUUAAAUUUUUCGGUCAUUAUUUUACUAAACAUUGCAGAUUUUAUUUUAUGCUCACGCCCCCCAAAAUAUGGCCUUGAAUCAAGUGUGUCAAGUUCACUAAUGGACAAGUAAGACUAUUAUUUCAGCUACACAUAAAAUACAGGAAUCUACCAGUUUACCUGCACACCCCUUGGAAACAUGUGUUUGUUCAUUAGUGACAUAUUUCUACAUGGAGCAAGUACAUGCAUCACUGCUUCCUUAUUUCAACACUUCAACACAAGAAGGAAGAAUUAUUCAUAAUCUCUCUAAGACACAAGUGGUUGCCACUGGUUAAAUAUUUCCAAAGGCAACUGGUAAAUAUGCCUACAUGGUUUUCUGGAUAACCAUUUCAUCAUAUCCUUAACAGGAAGAUAGACUAAACAUCAGUGCUCUCUUACCGAACCAACAUUCUCAUGGCUUUGCUCGACUGUAAAAGAACCCGGUGCAAUCUCGUCCAGAACUGUACACUUUUGGCUUUGAUUGGGCUUUUUGGUGUUAUGAUAACAAAAUAUAUCUCCAAUCAAUGUGAUAUUGCGGAUAUGCAAGAUGAAUCAGGCAGUUCCAGGAGCCUGUCCUGCAAGGAUCAUUUAUACAAACAAAUCAACUUGAGAACAAAUAACUCAGGUAAGGCAAAUUGCACCAGAAUUACUAGGGGUGAUUUGAAAGCUAUUGAUGAAGGAUUAAAACUUAAUAAGGAGGUCAGUAAUGCUCGUGUUAAUGAAAGCAGUUACAUAAAUAUGACUAAAGACUGCAGUUACUUUAAGAAAAUAAGAAAAUAUAUGCAAUUUCCCAUGAGCAAAGAAGAAGAGAACUUCCCUAUUGCCUAUUCAAUGGUUAUACAUGAUAAGAUUGAGAUGUUUGAAAGGCUACUACGAACAAUUUAUGCCCCUCAGAACAUCUACUGUGUUCAUGUGGAUGAAAAAUCUCCAGCUGUAUUUAAGGAGGCAGUGAACUCUAUUACCUCCUGCUUUGAUAAUGUAUUUAUUGCAUCCAAGUUGGUCAGGGUGGUCUAUGCUGCUUGGCCAAGAGUCCAAGCAGACCUGAACUGUAUGGAGGAUUUGCUGCAGAGCAAAGUACUGUGGAAAUACCUUUUAAAUACUUGUGGCACAGACUUUCCAUUAAAGACCAAUGCUGAUAUUGUGAGAACUCUGAAAUCAUUAAAUGGAAAAAACAGUAUGGAGUCUGAGAAACCAUCAUCAUUUAAACAGACACGUUGGGCGUUUCAUUAUGAAGUGGGAGAUUCUAUAUCCAAGACAGAAAUUAAGAAAUCCCCACCAGAGAUUGGCAGUCCAAUGUUUACAGGGAAUGCAUAUAUUGUCGUUUGCCGAAAUUUUGUUGAACAUAUUUUUGAGAAUCCAAAAGCUCUGACCUUGAUAGAGUGGGCCAAGGACACAUAUAGUCCGGAUGAACAUUUAUGGGCUACUCUUAAUAGAAUGCCUGGAGUACCAGGCUCCUCUCCAUACAAUGAUAAAUAUGAAAAAUCAGAUAUGAAUGCUUUUGCCAGAAUGGUAAAAUGGCAGUUCCUGGAAGGGGACAUUGCAGAUGGAGCACCCUAUCCCCCAUGCACAGGAACACACAGGAGGGCAGUUUGUGUGUAUGGCACUGGGGAUCUAUAUUGGUUGCUGGAACAGCAUCAUGUCUUGGCCAACAAGUUUGAUCCUAAUGUCGACAACAUCGCUCUUCAGUGCCUUGAAGAAUAUUUACGAUACAAAACUGUUUAUGGAAAAGAACUUUAAUGUAAGCGACGCAUUGGAGAGAAAAUGAUCAACCCACAUGGCAGACAAAAAAUUUAUUUUAUUCAUGAACUGCAAAUAAUUUCAGGACAAAGACAAUAUAUACUCUAAGCCCUGACCAAAGAGUGAGACUGUCCAUCUUUACUCUGAUAACAAGUAUAUUAAAUAUAUAUAUAUAUAAAUAUAUGUGUGUGUGUGUGUGUGUGUGUCACUAUGGAUAUAAAAUCUUCACUAUAUUUAAUCUCAAGACCUAUGAGUAUGAUUUCUUUCCUUCCAGGUAUAUCUCUAUCUAUCUAUCAA